GUUUUGCGCAACGCACUCGUUGCCCCAUCCAGCACCCGACCUGUCGUGUACCGUCGCAAAUGACAGGCCUGCGCUGUUAGGCUGAAGCCCGCCGGCCAGCCUCGAUGUCCUCGCACCGGACCGAGCCGACAAGUGCACCCCACCCGGCGCGCCGCUCGUCUACGACCGUGCCCGCCUUGAAUGACCCUCCAUGGCGAGAAUCGACUGCGAAAGUCUGAUGCAAGCCUGGUUCUCGGCUGAUGGAGGUACAAAGCAAAUACACUUGCACGAAACGGAUAUUCGGAACAUCGCGCAGCUGCUGGUGCGCGAUUCGCAGGACGCUUGGAGCAGGAUUCCAAGGAUUUACAGCGUCCUGAGGGUCAUCGGUCAGGUUGAGGCUAUUAGCCACUUCCUAGACGAAGAUAUAACCGAUGUGUGGUUCCCUUUCUCUCAGAAAAGUCUGCCCACGUCUUUCCAUGAUCAUCCUGCACGGCUGUCCUUUCUCGAUAAUCAACACCUGGUUUUCAAUGCGAAAGCAGUGAGUUUUGAGCGAGUCCAUGCAAAGCAUAGCCAUUUUCGCGAUGCAUCCGAAGUCCCCCUCAGAACAACCGGUGAGCUAGGCAAGGGUGGGUUUGGCUCUGUUGAUCGCGUGUUGAGCACCAUCACCCACAGAGAGUAUGCGAGGAAGUUGAUUCCUCGAGGCAGGACCUUCAGAAGGGAAAAAGAGGUCUUGCGAUCUUUUGAGAAAGAGUUAUCAAGCCUCAAAAAGCUAUCAGCACAUCGACAUAUUGUAGAGUUCGUUGGCAGUUAUACAGACCCGAGAUAUGUUGGCAUCAUCACAAGCCCGGUCGCGGAUUGUAAUCUGCACGAGUAUCUCACGGGAAACUUGGAUGUUGGAGCAAGAUCGUUCUUACGAACCUUCUUCGGUUGUCUCGCCACAGCUCUAGGUUAUCUCCACGAUAAUCGUAUCCGACACAAAGACAUCAAGCCCCAAAACGUACUCGUUCACGAAGGGCGAGUACUACUCACUGAUUUCGGGCUCGCCUUAGACUGGAACGACAUCAACAACAGUACCACAGAGGGACCAACAUGGGCAACACCGCGAUAUAGUGCGCCUGAGGUUGCCAACCACGCCGAACGCAACUGGUCCGCCGAUAUCUGGUCGCUCGGUUGCGUGUUCCUCGAGAUAUGGACAGUGCUGAACCGCAACACUAUACAAGCUCUGCAUGAGCAUAUGUCUAGCACUGGUACAAAAUUUUCGCCGUACAGCGCUAAUUUCGAGAGCGUUGGCUUGUGGAUCGAGCACAUCAAAGCCCUUCCAGGUCCUGAAGUAGAUAAGGUCCCAGCACCAUGGAUCUCCAAUAUGCUGCAACUCAAACGGGAAGAUCGCUGCAACGCACAUGCUAUACAAGACUACAUUUACGAGCACAGUCUUGAUCCAACUGCGACCUUCGCUUUUGCUGGGCGCUGUUGUCUGGAAGAUGAUGAUGCAGACGAGAGUGUCGCAUCGUCAGUAGAAGGUGGUUCCGAGACGAUGUCGCUGGCUCGUGUGUCGGUGAAAUCGUCUGUCAAACAACGCUUAUCUGGUAUGGAAAAAGGUCACAACGCCCAUGACCUCAGCACUAGCAGGCCAACGGAUUUAGGUCAGCAGUUCAAUGCACGUUCGCGAUCUGUUGCCACUGGGAUAUCGGCUCGAGAUGAUGCAUUUAUGCCGACUACAGAGCCCUCUAAGACAGGUCGAGCUGAUCCAAGACAUCAGCAGCCCAACACCUCAAACCUACAAUUUGCGUCGCGGAGCCGAUUCAUGAGGGCGAGAGGUUACCUAACGCAAAGGCAGCGUUACCCGCCCCAGCCUUUUGUCGAGGAUGAGGAGACGUCUUUGGCUCGUGAAGUCAACUGCGAUAUGCCAAAAUCAGAGAAGAUUAACGACCAGCCAAAGUCGGGCACAACUACAUCCACACCGAGUACAAAUCCACACAACAAAGGCGUGACGUCUAAACAAUGGGUGUUUUUUAAUACUGGAACAAAUUACCACCGUCAAAGAUCUUGUAGUAGGGAGCCUAACAGGAAGCGUUACUUCUCUCCUAUGAGGGACAUGGAGAAUCGUCGCCGUGCGCCCGCAGAGAGCGAAUCCGAUUCCCAUACUGAGGCUGGUCUUUCGGAUGAAUACACUUAUGAUACUGAUGAUUCCUGGGAUCUCGAAAACUCGUCUGAAGCAGAACCGGAUUCUCCAGCUGUAUCCCCAGCCGCUCCAUCGACUAAGUCAAAAGCCUAUCAAGCCUACGUUGAAGACUGGUUUUCCGAUGAUGAUGGUAAUGGCUCAGCAGCAGCCACCGUCCAUAUGUCCAAGGGUUCAAAUCCCCCGACACCAACACCAGAACCUGUCCAGCCUCACAGCAACACCAGAACUACUAAAAGUGCUCAUUUUGCAGCGGACUUCGCAACCAAGAAAUCUCCGCCUUCUGCACCCUCGACUCUGGGUUCUGAGUAUGACAUCCGGUCAGAUUGUGCUACCGUUGGAGCUCAUCGCUACGAUGACGAAGAUGACGAUACUCUUGUCCGUCGACCUUACGUAGCAGAAGGCUCAGACCCAUACAUCCGACCUGCUUCCAUGCCACCGGGUUACAUUACCAACGAUUUUCAUCAAGCUCCCUCAUACCAAUACACCAAUUCACCAACAGCGACUUAUCCUGGGUAUCCCGCACAUUAUCCGGACUACCAACCUCAAGGCUACCGACACGUUCCGAAUCCAAGUCCGUUAUGGGUAUAUAAUUGCGACCCGCACUCCCAGCCAUACUAUGUCCCACCCUAUUCUCAGCCCUAUGCCCCGCCCUAUGAAGGUUUCGGUAACCCAUUCUACACUCGCACUACUCCCACUUCAACCCCUAUCGCACAACAACACUAUUCGUAUGCACCAGCCAAUGAACCUUUACAUUCUAUGCAAGGUGCAUACCCGACACCACGAAAUCAUCCUGAAUACGCACCAAUCUACGACGACGAACCAACACCUGCGCGGCCACCAUAUUACACGAACGCAGGCCGCGUCUUUCCCACACCAGAUCAUGGGCCAACCUAUGAGGAAUCUGGGCCUUCGAAACAACAACUUCAUUCACACAAUCCAGCAAACGGACCAAGCCCUUUACAUCGUAUGCAAGGCUCAUACCCAAAACCACGGGCAACACCAGAGCCGGCGACGCCUCCUCCCAAGCGUUUUCAAUUCCCGCGCCGAAAGGCAACGACCGCUGUUUAUUAAGGUUAGGGCGGCACGGUGAUUUUUUAUAUCAGAUGUGCAGCUGUUCAAGCGCCUACUCUCGCAUAUGUAUUGGAGUGUUUCCUAGGGUUGACAGUUAAUAAGGAAUCAGUCAGAACUUCCCAGCGUGGCAUGACAACAUAAGGACCAGCUAGCUGACGAAGACUCUAAUUAUGUAUAUAUCCUUGAACUAGCAAACAUGUAGUCGGAAGAACGGGAUCCACAUCAUGUGUUUUACUUAUCUGCACUGUUCACUUAAAGCACCUGAUCAGUGCGCGCUUGCUUUUCAUGGUAUAUAGAGGCAGCUACGUUGGUCCUAUAACCCUCUUAUCCACAAUGCAUCUUACAAUUGCGCAA